UCCCCUCUCAUAUCCUAUCAAUUUUACAUAAUUUUUUUACUUGACCUUGCCCUUUCACGAGAUUAUUAUUAUUUUUUUAUCGUUCGGCGGGGUUUGUAUGACCCUUCACUUUCCGUUCUCCCAAACAUAGCUGCGGGUAUGUAGUAAAAAACUGAAAAAUAGGAUGCUGUGAAAAUGUACACUUUAGAGACAAUUGGGUGACAAUCAUGGCGCGAUUAUUAUUUUUAUUUGAUGAUGAGAAAAAAAGGGAAAAAUGCCUGUUUUAUAGGGGAUAUAGCCAAAUAAUAAAUUAUAAUAUAAAAAUGGGAUUUCACCCAGUUGAUCACAAUUUAAGUUUAUUGAUAGGUAGUUUAAUAGCGGUUCUAAGUUCGAUACAAUAAAUUCCUUUCUUACCAAUAUCCCCUCCGUGGUUUUUGAGUGUGUCAGCCAAAGCAGCGCCGAAAUUUCGAUUUUCGACGUUCGAAGAUUUUUUGUUUCGCCAGCUUUGGUGCCAAUUUUGCUAUUCGCUUUUUUUAGUAUUUCGCUUUCUUGUUGAUCUCCUGGAUUUAUCAAAAUACAAAAAAAAACGACAAGAUUGUAUAUUUACAUGAAAAUAUUAUUUCGCUUCAUUCCACUAAAUUUUGCCGACUUAAUAAUAAUUUCUUUUUGGGGGAUAUAAAAAAAGAAACAUGAUUGAAAAGGACAAAAAAUACAUAACUUUUUUAUAUACAACUUUUACAAGUCAGAAAAAAAAUGUAAUUUUUGUAACAUUCUAUUUUCACUCAACAACAAAUUCAACAAGAAAGCGUCGUGAAUUGAUACCUGAAUGUUGUCCUGGUUGGAUACACUUGGAAGGAGAAGAUGGAUGUUUAAGAGCUAAUUGUACUCCACAAUUAUGUGAAAAUGGAGGUGUUUGUUUGUCAGAAAAUGAAUUGGAAGGAAAUUUUAACAACAAACUAUGUCAAUGCCCUACAGGAUUUGAUGGGUCUACUUGUCAAUUUGAUGUAAAUGAAUGUUUGGCAGGCAAUGGAGGUUGUGAACAUGAAUGUGUAAAUAUUGUGGGCAGUUUUUAUUGCAAAUGUUAUAGUGGAUUUGAAUUGGCUGAAAAUGGUGUUAAUUGUAUUGAUGUAGAUGAAUGUUCAAUAUCUAAUGGUGGCUGUCAAUUUAAAUGUAUAAAUACAAAAGGUGGUUAUCUCUGUCAAUGCCCAUUCCCAAUGCAAUUAGCACCAAAUGGACGUGAUUGUAUUAAAGAAAAUUCUUGUAAAAAUCAAAAUGGAGGUUGUGAACAAAUUUGUGAAGAAAGGACAAGUGAUUCAAGUUUUUGGAGAUGUAGAUGCCGGAAAGGAUAUAAAUUGGGAGAGGAUAGAAAGAGUUGUUUUGUUGAAAAUCCCUGUUCAAUGGAGGAAAAUCGUUGUCAACAUUUUUGUUUAAAUGCUGGAAAUGGCAAAGCUAAAUGUCAAUGUUAUCCAGGUUUUAAAUUAGCUGAAGACCAAUUUAGUUGUGUUGAUAUUAAUGAAUGUAUUGAAAAUGAGUCGCCUCUAUGUUCUUUUAAUUGUGAAAAUACUUAUGGAAAUUAUUAUUGUGUUUGUCCUGAAGGUUAUCAACUUGGUGAAGAUGGAUAUAGUUGUGAACCUAAUAGACUGGCUUCACCAUUUAUUUUUGCUAAACAACAACAAUUUACUAUUGACUCUCUACCCCCACUUUUUGAAAAGACAGAACAACAACAAAAAAGUUUACAACCCGAACGUCUUAAAAUUAGAGGAAUAGCACAACACUAUGAGACAAAACAACAUUCUAUAUUGCCUAUUUUAAACAAUAAUAAGGAAAAAGAAGCAGAAAUGUCCAUAUCAACAGCCUGCACAUUUGGCCGUUUCGGUCCAGAUUGUGAAUAUUCUUGUUCUGAUUGUAAAAAUGGUGGGGGUUGUAAUUAUUUGAGAAAUAAAUGUGAAUGUAUGCCUGGAUGGCAAGGCCAAUUAUGUGAAUUACCCUGUUUGGAAGGAACUUUUGGUAUUGAAUGUUCACAAUAUUGUCAAUGUGGAGGAGCUAAUUGUAAUUCUAUUACUGGUGAAUGUUUGUGUUUAAAUGGAACAACAAAGUGUGAAGAUGAAAAUUGUUUAAAAGGUUUGUUUUUAAAUAAAUUUUCUAGAAAAAACGGGGUAAAAGGGCUAAUUUUUUAG